AUGGAGAAUAACUCUCUUUCAAAGGACGAUAGCCUUUCUCAUGAGAACCCCCCCGCGAAGGUAACUGCAGCCGACGACUCAAGCGGUGUUGUUUUACAAGUCGAGCGAAAUGACUAUGGCGAAGUAGUGCCCCCAAAACGAAGGAGAGCGCAAGCUAUGGACGGCUUCGAUGACUGCUAUUCAGACAUUGUCGACUACAUUGUUCGAUGCACUCACAAGAUAUGGGACGAGCGUGAUAUCGGUCUAAUCUACACACACUACACGCACAACUGCACCCUGUACGGCACAAUGGGAACCAUCUAUGACCGGGAAACAAUUGUUCGGGAUACCAUCCAGCGACUUGUGUCCUUUCCCGAUCGUCGUGGCAUGGCUACCCAGGUUCUCUGGAGCGGCAACGACAAGGAUGGAUUUUACACCUCGCAUCUUGUGACUGGCCAUGGCCGACACACACAGCACGGUAAUUACGGCCCUCCCACCGGCAAGACCUUCACAUCGCGGACCAUUGCCGACUGCAUGAUCUACAGGAAUAAGAUUUAUCGCGAAUGGGUCGUCACUGACAACAUGGCCGUCAUCAAGCAACUUGGCCUUGACCCGCACGCAUUGGCACACGAGACGGCCAAGGGUCUAUUCGACAGGAACCUCGAGGCCGUCGACAUGGGCGAGAAUCGUCGCAUGAUCGGGCAGCAGCUCCCCGAGGUCGAGGCGGACACGUCCAUUGCCAGUAGCGGAAUCGAAGCGGACACGCUGUCAUGGCUGCACCAAGUCUGGAACAGGCGCAUGUUUGGCCGGAUCGGCAACGUCUAUGCGAAGAACGCCCAGUACCACGGCCCCAGAAUGGUCGAGCUGUACGGCUCCGAGGCUGUCCUUCACCAGCACCUCGCUCUUCUCGGCUCGAUACCCGACGGCGCGUACACGCCGCAGCACAUCUGCUCCAACCCCCGCGACGAGGGAGGCGUAAAGGUAGCCGUGCGCUGGAUCAUCGAAGGCCACUUCCUCGGGCACGGCAUCUUGCACGAACUUGGCCCGCCAAAGGGCCAGAGGUUGCAAGUCAUGGGCAUGACGCACUAUCACUACAAGCACGGCAAGAUUGUGGAUGAGUGGAACGUCUACGACGAGUUGUCGCUGCUGGUGCAGAUCAAGCUGGCGCAGUUGGUUGAAAACAAGCGAAGAGACUGA